AUAACUGUGGCUGCGUUAUCUGGUACGUCUGGUUUGGCUGCUGCUGAUGAUGAUGAUAAUGCUGCUGCUGCUGCUGCUGCUGAUGAUGAUGAUGAUGAUGAUGAGCGUGCGCAAAGCUGGAACCAUCACUAAGCAGACAAGUUGA